AUGACAAAAUUUCUCCAAGUCUCAGGGGAAAACAUAACCUCGCUGCAAGAGGGGGAAAACUACAUUCAGUGUAGCAAUUCAAUUAUUCCAGAAAGUAAGUUGGGUUUUGCUUUUUGGAGACAGAGAAUGAAGACAAACGAGGUCAAAUUUGGGGAUUGUCCAACCUUUAUAAUGUAUAGGAGGGUUAAACAACGACAAGCUCGAAACUCAAUCCUUACGAUGAAAGAUGAUAACGGGGCAUGGGUUGAUGACUUGAAUAAGAUUGAGGAAAUGAUUUUGACUUCUAUACAGAGCACGUACAACCUGAGUCAAGGGGACAACAAAGGGGAGGAAAUUGACCUUUUGCUUCGUCAGCUCGAUAUUCCCCAACUUUUGGAAGAAGGCAAGAUUUGGUUGAAUAGGGAGUUCUCUGACAAUCUUCCUUGCUCCAAAUCUCCUGGUCUUGAUGGGGUAACGAUUGAAGCCUGUAACCUCAUCUCAGAAUAUCAGCAUGCUUUUAUCCCAAGAAGGUAUAUGGAGGACAACGUCAUUUUGAGCCACGAGUUGAUUCACCUGAUAAACUCAAAGAAGGGGUCGAAUUUCACAGCAGUUAAGAUUGAUAUGUCUAAAGCUUAUGAUAGAGUGGAUUGGUUGUUCUUCCUGAAGGUUCUAAGGGCCUAUGGGUUUUCUAACCACUGGAUCAGGAUGAUCUCGCAAUGUGUUUCAACGGUAAGUUUUAAGACGGUUAUCAACAGGAAGGUUUUAGGACACUUCGCUCCUAAGUGUGGCCUGAGACAAGGGGAUCCUUUAUCCCCGUAUUUGUUUAUUUUUUGUAUGGACAUUCUCUCAAGAAUGUUGUCCUUGGCAGAGGAAAUAAAUCAAUUUCGUGGUUUAAAGGUUUUGAGAAGUUCACCCUCGAUUUCUCAUCUCUUCUUUGCUGAUGAUGCAAUGCUCUUCUUUAAAGCUGAUAAGGAAUCAUGUUCCUGUAUUUUUGAUAUUCUUCAAAGGUUUGGUAAAGCUUCUGGUCAGCAACUAAAUCUCCAGAAGUCUAUGAUCAAAUUUUCACCAGGGGUGGAAAAUGACAAAAUAUUGGAGGUAAAACAGGCAUUAUCUAUGCCUAUAACUGAUAAUAUGGGUAUCCAUCUAGGAGUGCCGAUAGAUAUCAAGGGAAAGAAGGGUCCUCUUUUCCAAUUUCUAGUGGAUAUAGUGGUGGAAAAAAUAAUAGCUUGGGCGUCUCUCCAGCUCUCUCAACCGGCAAAAUUAAUCCUCAUUAACACGGUCUUGAUAAGUAUGUCUGCUCAUGUUAUGAAGUGCCUUAAAAUUCCUCAGAGCAUCGUUAACAAGAUAGAUUCUAUAAUUACUCGGUUUUGGUGGGCUAAAUGUGGUAAAAAAGGGUUACACUGGGUGAGAAAGGGUAUUACACAGCUACCGAAGAGUAUGGGUGGGUUGGGAAUCAGGGGAUCUUCUAAUUAUAAUGGUGCCCUAAUCUUCAAACAAGCAACUAGGAUGCACCUUAAUCCCCAACUUCUUCUUUCGAGAGUUUAUAAAGGUUUCAUGAUAAGGAGCCCUAAUGGUACUGAUAGUAUCUAUGGAAAACGGGGAAACCCGUCUUUGGGGAGAUCUAGCAUCCAAAAGGUUAGCAAGAUUUUCAAGGAGGGUUUUGCAUGGAAAGUAGGGAAUGGUAAUUCCAUCUCGGCUAUCAAUUCGCCGUGGGUUAAAGGGGAGAUCCCUGUGGUAAGGUCAAACCAAUCCUUAAGGGCUGCUUUAGAUUGGAAAGUAAGCGAUUUUAUUAAUAGGGACACUAAUUCUUGGAAUGCUAGGAAAGUGAGAGAAAGCUUUGAAUGGGAUUAUGCAAAAUCCAUCCUGUCAAUGGAACUCCCACAGGCUAAUGAGGACGACUUCCUCCACUGGAAAUUCCAUCCGUCAGGUAAGUAUACUGUUAAAACUGGUUACUACUUCUUGUUGAAAGACUUGGGGAUGAAGAGUGCUAGGUUUUCGGAGAAGGAUCAGCAUUUCAUUAAGUUAAUAUGGAGAUUGGGGAUCCAACCGAAAUGGAAAUUGUUCUUGUGGAAAAUUUUUCAUGAUAACAUUGUCGUCAAAGUGAACUUAGCAAGACGGGGGAUGGCUAUUGAUACGGAGUGUGAUCACUGUAGGGCGGGCAAAGAGGAUGGCCAACAUCUUUUUAGGUUGUGUAGUCAGGUAAGGGAGGUCUGGGAGAAUAGUCUCCUGAACAUAUGCCAUGAUUUUUCAGAGUCCAUUUCAGUGCAGAAAUGGAUUCAACACUAUAUCCUGCUCUUUUACAGCGAGGAUGGUAAGAAUAGCAGUCGAAUUGUUUUGUUCAUUGCAACUCUGUGGUGUUUAUGGAAAACUAGGAAUGAGAGAGUGUACAGAGGAGAAGAUGGAACCCUAAAUGGCACAUUGGAAGGUAUAAAUCUUGCUAUAAAGGAUUACGAGACUUUCGCUAAUAGGGAUUGUGUAACCGAUGGGACGGAGGUGUCGAGUGAUUAUGAUAUAGAUGUCCCACCAGGUUUUAACUAUGCUCAGCUAGGAAAAGGAAAAACAGGUUUUGAUAACUUCAUCAUGGAAGUAGAUGGAUCUUGGGAAAAAAAUACAGGAAGAGCAGGGAUCGGCUGGGCGGUGAAGCACAACACGCAUGGUCAUGUGCUGGGGGAGGGUGGCAACCAGAGAGCAGCUAUGUCUGCUUUCCAGUGUGAAGCUUGGGCAUGCCUAGAGGCCCUAAAGUGGGCGAAAGAUAAGGGUGAAAAUGGGAUCCUUAUCUUUUCGGAUUCGAGCCUCCUUAUUAAUAAUCUAAAGGGGAAGACAGGCAACGAAAUCGCGACAACUUGGAUUAUAAAAGAGAUUAAGGAAGCAGGGGCGAACUUCCAACGAUGUGCCGUCUUAAAGGUUCCCAGAGAACAGGGAGAACCCAUUCAAGGUAUUAUAUUUACAAAGGAUGUUGAUAAUUUUAUUGGCAAACUACAAGAAGGUUCCAUGUAUUGUUUUAAAAUGGUACAAGUUAUUCAAGCUGAUGAUUGGUUACGAAUAUUUCAUAAUCCGUAUCAAGUCAACAUAACUAAGGAAACAGAAUUAUCCUAUGUUGAUACCGAUAUCGAAGAAUUUCCAAAGUACUCUUACAACUUGGUGUCUUUACAUGGUGUAAAGUCAUAUAAACGUACUGAAGGAAUUGUGAUAGAUGUUGCGGGAAUAAUCAUAUAUGCAAGUGAGAUUCACCGAAAUGAUUGUACGGGUACCAUUAAACAAGAUAUUAUUCUACUAGAUCAAAGUUUGGCUCAGCAAGAAAACGUACAAGAUUUUGCCCUCCGUAUUAAUGAACAACCAUCAGAUCGACCUCAAUAUUGUCUUCCUACUGCUUCUCAAGUUGCGGCUAUGAUUGUCGGUGGAGAAGAAGUUGCGAACUUAAAUCCAAGGGAUAUUUUAGUUCAAUCAACUUAUGGGCAAUUAUGA